ACACAUCUGCACGCACAAAUCCGUGCACGAACCAACCGAUCCAUGGCGCCAUGCCGAGCCACCGUCGUGAAGACGAGAGCGGUGUGCGUGCUCCUCCUCCUCCUCCUCCUGUCGGCCGACGUGCGGCCACAGUCCGUGGAUGGGCAGGCGCCACCGGCUCCAGAGGUGGCCGUGACAAUCGAAGCAGACGCCGACGGCCGCGGCAAUGGCACCCGCGCCGGCGGCGCUGGGAACACCGCGAGGAAGGUGCUGAGCACCAUCGACUGUCAGAUCUGCGAGUCGACGUGCCGGGUCAAGUGCCUCAUCAACAACCUCUUCCAGUGGGGCACCUGCUACCAGCGCUGCAAGGCCGACAAUUGCAACGACUGGUGUAGGUAGUCAGCCGGCGAGUCACGGCACAAGAAUGGAGCCGCGAAUGGAUCCCAAGUACAGCCGGGGGCUACAUUACUAUAGAUGUCCUUGUGUCUCUCUUUAUCAGAAAAAAAGAUGUCCUUG